CAAAGUGAUUGACCAAUAGGCUGCGAGGAGAGGCGGGGACUCCGAUCGUCAUAGACACGUUUACCGGGAAGUAGGAAGUAAAUACACAGGAGUCGAGGUGCCACUGGAAAGAAGUGUGGCACCAUGCUGGAAGGCUACAGUCCUAUGACCCAGGCCCUGCUGGGGACUCUGUUCACCUGGGGCCUGACUGCUGCCGGAGCAGCCCUCGUGUUUGUCUUCUCCAGCCGACAGAAGCGCAUCUUGGAUGGAAGUCUAGGCUUCGCAGCGGGGGUAAUGUUGGCUGCUUCCUAUUGGUCAUUGCUGGCACCGGCGAUCGACAUGGCAGAGGAUUCUGGGAAGUACGGCUCAUUCGCCUUUCUGCCUGUGGCUGUGGGAUUCACGCUUGGAGCUGCCUUCGUUUACUUUGCUGACCUGGCCAUGCCUCUUCUGGGUGUAGGUGCUGAUCCCCACAUAGCCUUGGCUCUGCCCCCGGAAUCCAAAGUGGUCAAACAGAAAGCAGAGGAACCCUCCUUCCAGCACUUGGACGAGGAAAUGACCAUCAGGAUAGGUAGAGCUGGACCUCUCUCAGAUAAAAUAGAGAAUGGAGAUGUGUACCAGAGGAGGAGAGGACCUCAUUCGGGCAGCUCAGAUGGACACGAAACAGGAAGUAAACAACAGGAAGAGGUUGGACGGACAGGAAGCAGCUGGCGACGAAUUCUUCUCCUCAUCCUUGCCAUCACCAUCCACAACAUCCCAGAGGGUUUGGCUGUGGGAGUUGGAUUCGGAGCCAUUGGAAAGACUUCAUCUGCUACUUUUGAAAGUGCCAGAAAUUUGGCCAUCGGAAUUGGCAUCCAGAAUUUCCCAGAAGGCUUGGCAGUGAGCCUGCCACUCCGAGGUUCAGGGGUCUCAACAUGGACAGCCUUCUGGUAUGGCCAGCUCAGUGGCAUGGUAGAGCCUAUUGCCGGGUUGCUGGGUGCGUUCGCUGUUGUCCUGGCAGAACCUCUGUUGCCAUAUGCGUUGGCUUUUGCCGCUGGGGCGAUGGUUUACGUAGUAGUGGAUGACAUAAUACCUGAGGCCCAAGUCAGUGGAAACGGGAAGCUGGCAUCCUGGACCUCCAUACUGGGCUUCAUAGUGAUGAUGUCAUUAGACGUGGGGCUGGGCUGACGUCACCAUGUCAUCUGACACCAAUGUCAGCAGAACCAAUGGCCAUGAUGUCAUCACAGUGCUGCUGACCUCCGCUUUUAAAAAAGGGGACCAAAUCGAGUGUUUCAUUCUGAAACACUGUUAAUCCAUUUUGUUUGAAUUGUCGCUACUUGAAAUUGAGAAAUGACCGAAACACAGAACUAUUUUGUAAGACGUUUAAGACGUAUUUUGUAAGUUGUGAGGACGACUGGACUUGAAUAAUUCUAUUUAACGUCUUUUAUUUUCAUGCUUGCAGUUGUUUAAGAGGAGCAGCUGACACUUUUUUCAAAGAUAUCUGAUGAAUUUAUAAUUGAAUGUUCUCCUGAGAUGAUACGAUUUUUCAGUUCUCCAUUUUUAGUUAUGAAAGUUAAAUGAAUGUUGUCAAUUUCUUCCAGUUUUUGUAUUUCCUCAUGAUGGCAAUACUUGAAGCCUGUUUUGAUGGGACCAAUGAAUGAUUAGAUUUUGCUCUGACUCCUGCUUCAUCAUUGUCACUGCAAAACAGCAAGGCACAGUAUGAUUAUUGUGUACUGAAACAUGCAAUUGUAAAUGUGAUGUAUCUACGCAUUUUUCUGAGGAUCUACCGCUUUUUACAUCAUUUACUUCACCGUCUUCUAUAGCAAACAAAUGGUACUCUCAACCAGAUAUGGUAUCUUCCUCUCUUUAGGGCACACACAGUCUCCUGCCAUCUACAGGCCCGUCUGAAGAAUCAUGUUGUGGGUCAUGUCUAAUUAUUUAAAUGCAGAUAAAGUUAUCACCAAAUGAUUAGAUAAAGUAUUUAUAUAAUUAAACACCAAGUGAUUCUCA